AUGCAAGAAAUUGGCAUUAAUGGACUGCUGUCUGCUUCCAUCGCACUAGGUUAUCGUCUGAAUCUCUUCAAAGCUCUCGAUAAAGUUGGAAGCGAUGAAUCCCCCGCCACGGCUGCUCAAGUGGCAGAAGAAAGUGGAUGCAAGGAGAGAUAUGUGAAGGAGUGGCUGAGUGUAAUGGCAACAGGAUAUAUUAUUGAGGUCAACGAGGACGAGAAAUUCUGGAUCAAGAAGGAGAAUGUCGCGGAUCUGACCAGUGGCGCUGGCAUCCAGUUCAAUGCGUUUCUUCCAGUACUGUUAAGAGGGUACGAAAACAUUUGCGAUGUAUUCAGAAAGGAUGGACCUCUUGGCUUGAAGUACUCUGACUACGCCGGCUUUUAUGACAUGAUGGCAUCGUUUAGUGAAGCCUUGCAUAAGAGUCAUCUCAUAAGCGAUUUUAUCCCAGCUCUUGGCUCGGACGUGAAGCAACGACUUGAGGAGGGAGGAAUGAUGUGUCUGGAUGUCGGCUGUGGCAAAGGAUUUCACGCUGCUCUUCUAGGUACCAUCUAUUUCGAUUGUGAAGAAGUUUUCAGGAAGGAGAACGGUCAAACUUUUGACAACCUAGCUUACAUUCAAAUGGACGCUGGACACAUGGAUGCAGACUGGACAGACAAAUUUGAUCUGGUAACUAUCUUUGAUGCGUGCCACGACCAAAUGAGACCGGACUUGUGUUUGAAGGAGACCUACCGCGUCUUGAAACCAGGAGGAGUUUUCGGCAUGUUGGAGGUGAACGGCUCGUCAAACGUCUUUACUGAUCGAAAUGAAAUUGGUCCUUUGGCCGCGCAGAUGUAUAGCUGCUCAAUGUUCCACUGUCUUCCAGUUGGAAGCAACUCUCCAGAUGCUCUCGGCCUUGGAGCAAUGUGGGGCAAAGAAAGAGCCUUGAAGCUGAUCAAAGAAGCUGGGUUCUCGGAUGUCAGCGUCGUACCAACACCACAGUUUGUCAUCAAUAUUCUUUAUGUCUGUAGAAAGUAA